AUGGCUCCUCCAGUAUACUGCAUUUUGUCUGGCGGUGCAGUUCACUGCGUACCAGUAACUGCUUUCAGCAGUACAUCUACUUCUCAAACGCCCGCUGAAUUCUCCAGAAAUCCUGCCGUCAACACUCAUUCAGACUCGGUGAUUCCUCCGCUUACAUUGCUGCCGGCGGUGGUGAAAAUCAAAAACAAAAAUCUCCUAUAUACCCUCAACAAUCCGCUGUUGUCGGAUCUCGAGUCAGAUGCUCAUGCUACCAACGACAGUAGACGGCUAAGCGCCACUUCUCAGGAUGAGGAUGCGUGGGAUCUGCCUCCACUGACGCCUCUGAAGCAGCAUGUGUUAACUCUGUAUGAUUCUGUGAUCUCACUGCAUGGAAAUGGCCAGUUGCUCUCAAAUGGAAAUGGACACGAAAUUCCCGAAAUCCCCGAGCAUUCAGAGCUAUCUGACGUGAAUGGAGCCGCUGAUAUUAACUACACAAACUUUGCUGGCAAUGGCAGUGUUAAAAUCGACAUUGGCGCGCUCAACACAGUGGAGGACCAGCUGCCAAUUGAUAUUCAGUCUCUUUUAGAGAAGUAUGCUACCCACGCCAUCUACUUGCCGCAGUACUCGGUGGAUCUCCAAACUAACCUCGAUAGUGACUACACACAGAUCAAGUCAUUGCUUACGAAGGUAUUUCCCUCGUGGACGUGUGAUAUUAUUGUGAAACAACUCACGGGAGGAAUCACCAAUAUGCUCUUGCUGUGCACACACACGCCAUCGCUGGAAACUUUGCUCAUGCGCGUGUAUGGACAAGGUACUAACCUUAUUAUUGACCGUCAUCGUGAAUUCGUAUCUCAUCUUGUUCUCAAUUCGCUCAAAUUGGCUCCACCUAUUCAUGCUCGGUUUUCCAACGGUCUUAUCUAUGGCUUCCUUCCGGGAAGAUCAUUGGAGCCUAAGGAGCUCAGCAAUCCAUACUUAUACCCAAUGAUCGCCCAGCAAUUGGGCAAUUGGCAUCACCAAGUUGAUUGCGACUACAUCGAGGAUGGCGUGGAGAAACUCAGAAAGUACACUGCUAACUUGAAGAAACUGUACCAACUCAUAAACGACCCACAAAAGCCCGCAAAGCGUGAAAAGAAAGUCAAGAAGAUUAUCAGCAGUAUCUGGGACCUUAUUGAUGAUUGGAUCCUGAUUGUUCCGGCCAAUGAAGCUCUCGUUGAUAUCUUCAGGACAAAUUUAGAUGAUAAUAGCAUUACGGAGCUGAACAUCCGCGAUGUCAUCCAUAAGGAGUUUAAGUGGCUCAAGAGCACGCUCAACCGUGUUACCAAGUCCUCUGUGGUGGUGUCUCAUUGUGAUUUGCUCUCAGGCAAUAUUAUCAUUCCGGAGACUGAGGAGUUCGCAGCAAAGAUCGAGAGGGGAGUUUCUGACGCUAGCCUUCUUCCAAUUGAGGACAACCCUAUCCAAUUUAUUGAUUAUGAGUAUAUGCUUCCGGCUCCCAGAGCGUUUGACAUUGCAAACCAUUUUGCUGAAUGGCAAGGCUUUGAUUGUGACCGUUCAGCAAUUCCAGAACCCUCGAUGAAUAACCCGGUGAUGGUCAGUUGGUGUAAAGGUUACCUUAACGAUAUUAAUGUCUCACAGCAGGAACUUGAGGGGUUGAUAAACGAAAUUGAGUGUUACUACGGUAUGCCAGGCUUCUACUGGGGAAUUUGGGCAAUGAUUCAGAGUGAGCUCUCGAACAUCGAUUUUAACUACGCUGAAUACAGUGGGCUUCGGUUGGAAGAGUAUUGGGACUGGAAAAAGAACUUCCUUACAAAGAGUGCCUGA